UCUUCUAUCCGUUGCCUAACAAAGGUUUUGUCUUUGUGAAUGGUUCCGGGAAGGAAAGGGGUAGUGGUGUUGUGAAUUGUUUCAUCAGCGAUACGUCUUUUCUCCUCUGGGAUUGAGGUUGGUGGUGUGAAGGGAGAGCUUCAGCAUAGUUAGAAAUGAAUGCGUCCGGGUUAACUGUUACUCCGCCCAGAUUCCACUUUCGAUGGCGUUCAGAUCGUGUUGGCACCUCUCAGAGAAGCUCUCAAGCUUUUAGUGUUCUAAGUAAACUGGAUAAUAGAAAGUCCGCUUGGCCGAAUCUGAAAAGUUCCUGUUUGGCAUUUCCUACACAACGAAGCAAUGCUAUAAUUGUCCGCGCCAUGAGUGCUUCCUUUGGUGAUAUGGCAGAUGACUCAACUGGUUCAGCUGUCUUCCCUCGGAUCAAUGUCAAAGACCCAUAUAAACGGCUUGGGAUAAGCCGGAUGGCCUCAGAGGAUGAGAUUCAAGGCGCGAGGAACUUUCUCAUUCAGCAGUAUGCAGGGCAUAAACCAAGUGUUGAUGCAAUUGAAUCAGCUCACGACAAGAUUAUCAUGCAGAAGUUCCAUGAGCGGAAAAACCCGAAGAUUGACAUAUCGAAAAAGGUCCGCCAAGUGAGGCAGUCAAAAGUUGUCAACUUUGUUUUCGAAAGAUUCCAGACUCCUGCAACUGCGUUCCUUGUCAAAGCAGCAGUCACAUUUGCAGUUCUUGGUGUCCUAACCGUUCUGUUCCCGACUGAAGAAGGACCGACCUUGCAGGUUGCGUUAUCACUAAUAGCUACCUUUUACUUCAUCCACGAAAGGCUGAAGAAGAAGCUCUGGACUUUCCUUUACGGGAGCGGAGCAUUCAUCUUCUCGUGGCUGGUUGGGACAUUCUUGAUGGUAUCUGUGAUCCCACCGUUCAUCAAAGGACCAAGAGGUUUCGAAGUCAUGUCUUCCCUCCUAAGCUACGUUUUGCUUUGGGUGGCUUCGAGUUACCUGCGGUAGCCGUUCUAGCUCUCUUUUCUUUUCCCCCUUUUUUUGUGUUUGCAAAUUCUUAAAUUGUUAUCUCGGAUUAUAUCAAAACACACACAAAAGAAGAGGAAAAUGCAUCAUCUUCAUGUGACAUAGAGAGUGAUAUGAUGAGUUUUGGUCUUGGAGUUGCUAAAUCGCCAAUUUGUGGA